AUGGCCACCUCUCUGAACGCCGAUACUUUCCUCGCCCACAUCAAGAACCGUCGCUCCUACUAUCCCCUGAACAAGGAGCUGCCCAUCUCAACGCAGCGCAUCCAGGAGAUCAUCGGCGAGGCGGUCCAGCAUGUGCCCUCAAGCUUCAACUCUCAGAGCAACCGCGUCGUGGUGCUCUUCGGAGCCGAGCACGAGAAGUUCUGGGACCUGACCACCGAGGUGCUCAAGGCCAUCGUGCCGGCCGAGCAGUGGGAGCCGACCGGCCAGAAGAUGGCCAUGUUCCGCGGCGCUGCCGGCACCGCGCUCUUCUUUGAGGAUCAGGAGGUCGUCGAGGGCCUGCAGGCCAAGUUCGCGCUGUAUGCCGACAGGUUCCCCAUUUGGGCUAGCCACAGUACCGCCAUGCUGCAAUUCGCCGUCUGGACUGCUCUUGAGGCUGAGGGUCUUGGUGCCAACCUCCAGCACUACAACCCUCUUGUUGACCAAAAAGUCCAGGAGACCUGGAAAGUGCCUGCUAGCUGGAAGCUGAGCGCUCAGCUCGUCUUCGGCGGCAAGGCUGUCCCCGAUGCUGGCGAGAAGACCUUCCAGCCGCUUGAGCAGAAGCUCAAGGUCUAUGGAGCUUGA